UAGUUGUAAUUUUUAUAAAAUUAAUGUAUCUCCAGCCAAUGAUGCAUUUAAAAGUGCAAUAUUACUAAUAAGGAGUAAACGUUUUGUGAAAAUGUUAUAUUUACCCGGGUAACUCAUAGAGCUUGAGGUCGGGCGAUAUGUCCUGACUACUAGGCAUAGGGAGUAUACAAUAAUAACAAAGCAGUAUAUCGUGUGCUCGGUUGAAGAUGUUUUCGAAAUCGAUGACGAGUAAGGAUACGUUUCUGGAGCAGACGAAGGCAGCUCGAGAGGAGCGGGCACUGGAGAAGAAACGGGAACAGUCGGCUGUGAAGAUUCAGGCGUAUAUAAGAGGAUGGCUGGCGAGGCGAAAAUUCUUACGAAUGAUAUUGGAUGAAUUUGACCACCUUCUUCCCGACCCACCAACAACACAAGAUGAGACCCCACAGCCUCUGGAACUUGUCCCAGGUCUGGAAGUCUACAAAGCAGCCAGCCAACUCUUUCUAGUGUUCAAGAAGGAAAGGGAUAGAAAGAGAUUUGAGAAGCUUUGCAAAUACAUAGUGCAGAGUCUCCACUCAGAGUCGGUGAAGAUAUCUUAUGUCGGAGUAUUUUUGAACAAAGAGUACAGUUUGCGAUGGAUAGCCCACAUCAAAGACCUGCUUUACAAAUGCUGCACAUACCUCGAGGAGCUAAAACCAGAGUCCCCCGUAGACAUGCAGAGCAUCCUCAUCUACCUGCAUACGCUGGUUGCCUUCACAGCUACCAACACUUGGGCCAUCACUCGGAUGAAGAAUUUUGAGAAGCUGCGGGGAGGGAUGACCCAGUUGUGUGCCAAUGUCAUGGGCUCGCUAUUCCAUAAGGGCUAUUACUUGACUUUGAAGUCACUUCUCCUCCGAGGGUUGUGUCGCGAGAAAGUAUGCCUCAAGAACGUCGCCUUGACAGCCGUGGUCACGCUCUCACUUCGGCCGCUCGUCUCCGCUCAAUUCUCGGAGAAGCUGCUCACUAUGUACAUCAUACAGAUAUUAUCUGUCCCAACGCUGGUGUUCCACAUGCAGCAGAUCUCGCCUGAAUCUAUUGUGGCAUUUCGUACGCACGCCAUGUUCGACAAAUGCCUGGAGUUCCUCAGCACAGAUCAGAACAUGCGGAUAGUGUUCAACACGCUCGAGGGAAACUACGCGCUGUGCCUUCUAGCUAACUUGGUGCAGUUGGCGCAUUUAGAACGCGAGCAUGCUAUGGCGGAGAGCUAUUAUCCUACUUUUGUGCUGGUAGUAACCCGCUUCCUGGACUCGUGCCAGCAAUACGUGGUGUGCAAGAAAGGCAACCUGAGCAACUGGCACCCGGUCCUCGGCUGGUUCUCGCAAAGCUUCGACGCGUAUCUUCCACCUACGAUGGGAAAUCUUCGCACGCAGCUCUCCCUACUAUGGGGAGCUCCACUGCUAAAGAAAAUGCUGUCGUCUCCUCUAAAAGAGAUGGUAGAUGCUGGCAUCAGCGGGGAGGAGGGCGCGGGGCCAUCGCAGCCGUCGACUCCGGUGCAGAGCAACAACCCCGCUGCUAUUAUAAGGAGGGCUUUUGAGGCUAGAACUAAUAGGGCUAAUGCAAAUAAAAACUACAGGAAACUAGGAUCUCCCGAUUGUACCAAAGCUGCGUUGAUAUGCUCGAUGUACCACACGGCAUUGCAGACUAUGACGCAGGUCAAACUAGAUAUAUUAACAGGUCUUUGCAACCAAGACGAAAUAUUAUAUUCUCUGUGGCAAUUCCUCUGCACGUUGGGACCAAACUGUGGACUGAAAUCAUUUCUCGAUCUCCUAGCUGUAAAUACGAAGACGUCGGCGCCGGAGUUUCAGAUGCUGAUACUCUUCGCGGAUUGUAUGACGCAUUAUGUUACAAUUUUAGAUGAUAUGGAAAUGUAUGAGCAACAAGAACCUUUCAAACUGCAAGACUUCGUGAACAUGUCACAGUUCCUGAACAUGUUCGUUUAUAAAUCUAUCAUGAAUCAAUUAUUUGAUCUGAAAAAUAUCCAAAGCAACGAAUUAUUUGCUUCCCUACAUACUCUAUUGCUGGUUCUAUACCGACGCGACUGCCGGCGUUCCUACACGCCCGACAACCACUGGCUGGUCCGCGAAAUACGUGAGGGACAGUUCAUGGCAGACUUAGAAAAGGGAAAGAAGCCACAGCAGGUGCUGGUGCAAAAGACUCCGCAUAUGAUAGCACAUGGCGAAAGAGUUCGACUGUUCAGGCGAGCCGUUGCAGACGAAAAGGUGGUGCUAGGGCUAACUGAACGCGCUUGCGGUGGCCGCUCAACUUUAGUGACAGUCCGUCGAGCGCGCCUAGUAGAAGACGGCUAUAGGCAACUAGCGGCGUUGCCCAGCCGGGCCCUUAAAGGCGUCGUGCGCGUACGCUUCAUAAACGAACAAGGGCUCGACGAGGCGGGUAUAGAUCAGGAUGGUGUUUUCAAAGAAUUCUUGGAGGAGACAAUAAAGCGCGUUUUCGAUCCGUCGCUGAAUCUGUUCCGAGUGACAAGUGAAGAGCGCCUCUAUCCGUCGCCGACCUCGUGUCUCCAGGACAACCAUCUACAGCUGUUCGAGUUUAUAGGGCGAAUGCUGGGAAAGGCUGUGUACGAGGGUAUCGUAGUAGAUGUGCCAUUCGCCUCGUUCUUCCUAAGCCAAGUUUUAGGACAGACCAACCAAGCGCUAUACAGUUGGAUCGACGAGCUGCCCUCCUUAGACCGAGACUUGUAUAGAAGUCUUACCUACAUCAAACACUUCCAGGGAGACAUUUCAACGUUGGAACUGACUUUUUCCGUGGACGAGGAGCGAUUAGGCGAGAUUGUUACUCACGAGCUGGUGCCGGGCGGGAAAGCUAUUCCUGUCACUAAUGAGAAUAAAAUCAAUUACAUACAUCUGAUGGCACAUUUCCGAAUGCAUACACAGAUAAAAGACCAAACGAACGCUUUCAUCAAAGGCUUUAGGACCAUUAUAAAUCCAGAAUGGUUGUCACUGUUUUCUACCCCAGAGCUCCAGCGUCUAAUAAGCGGCGACAACGUACCUCUAGACCUACGCGACCUACGACGCCACACGCAGUACUACGGCGGUUUCCACGACUCACACCGAGUCGUGUGCUGGCUGUGGGACGUUCUACAGCGAGACUUCUCUGAGAAAGGACGCGCUAUGUUCCUCAAGUUCGUGACGUCAUGCUCCAAGCCACCAGUACUCGGGUUCGCGCACCUCAAGCCUCCAUUUUCUAUCCGCUGCGUUGAAGUCGGGGACGAUGAAGACACAGGAGACACGAUAGGCAGCGUAAUCCGCGGUUUCUUCACCAUUCGCAAGAAAGACCCGCUGAACCGUCUACCCACUUCAUCUACUUGCUUCAAUCUACUCAAACUGCCAAAUUAUCAGAAGCGGAGUACACUGCGAGACAAACUACGUUAUGCUGUCAAUAGCAACACUGGAUUUGAGCUAUCCUAAACGUAUUACGUGACAAGUAGGGUUCAAAUUUAGGGGAUGACUAGGUGAAUCGUUUGACCACUUCAUCCACGACAAACUGCUGUACUAUGAGAAGCUGAGUAUGGAUGUAAGCUUCCUUAAAAUGUGACGUGUCAAAAGUGUUAUAACCACGAAACAAAGUUUUCAAAUUUUCAUCAUACAUGGCUAAGAACACUGACGGCCAAUUCGGCUUUCAAUCAAAAAAAAACGAAAUCUAAAUCGGUUCAUCCAUAGAAAGCUACUUAACGAUGGCACAGACAGACACGUCAAACUUAUAACACCCCGUCGUCCAAGUCGUUUUUACGUCGGGGGUUAAAAAUGGCUUUGUGGUGUGCCCACUUGGUUUAACUUGAAACUGCCAAAAUAAUAAAAUAAACUGCGCUACGGUUUGAUCUUUCCUAAACAUGAUAGAUGUUCAGUAUAACAUAUUGCGAUAACUCACUAACCCCGACAGGAAUCGGACAAGAUUAAAAGGGUUUUCACAUCACUUGCCCGAGGCAAAUGCUUGUGUCAAACAAGGCACUUCUAGAACUGAGGUGCUUCGCGCGGCAAUAACUCGCGAGGCACAUUCCGUAUUGGUACGACAGAGCCAGCAAACGAACGCUACGACAGCAGUCCUACCUGUAGCUUUAGCAAUAUAGUUACCUAAAACUGAUCAUAUUCUGAGCUGUCAGUUUGAACAAAAUGAGAAAAUUAUAGCUAUGUGGAGGGGAUAGCUGUGCGUGACGCAUACCCUUCGCCCCCUGUAAUCCCCUGAGAUACCUGUUUUUGAGUUCUGCGCAAUAACGGUCAGCGCUAGUUUACUGUCGCUACUUUUAAUAGAUGUAGCUAAUAUCUUUGACUGCCCAACUUCAUUGAACAUAAAUAACAUUAUGUGAUGUGAUGCGAGCGAUGAGUGUGAAUUUAAAAUCCGAAAAAAAAAAAUAUUUUGUUAACCCAUCAGAAUUAUUAUAAGAGUUUUGAAUGAUUCACGGUUAUUUUCAUUAUAAUUAUAUUGACCGGGAUAUAAACCGUGAUCACCUUUUUGAUUUUUGUCAAGCUCCUGAUAUUUCGACGCAGUUGCAUGCAUCAUAAUCACGGUCUAUAUCCCGGUCAAUAUAAGUCAUCAGAAUUAUUCAUUAGUUACGUUUAUAUGAUGCAGGGAAUUGAUUUGAAUAAUUUAAAACAUUUAGUACCAUUUUGGGUGUUUAUAAAUAAUUACACGCAGCAAAUGCAUGUUAACUUAAGUACAUUAAUCGCUUUUAUCA